CUAGGGUUUUGUGGAAAGGUCGCCAGAGCCACAAUUCACAGUAGAGUGAGAGGUUAAAGAGACGGCGUCGUAUCGUUGUCCCCCUUGACAGAACUCUCAGUUUCGUCUUGGCCCUCGUUUUUGCCCUAGGGUUUUAUUUUGCUUCUCACUUUAUCUAAAAAUCUUCAAUGGCGGUGAAACCCUCCAAGGCCGACAAGAAGAUCGCUUACGAUCAGAAGCUGUGCCAGCUUCUCGACGAGUACACCCAGAUUCUGAUCGCCGCCGCCGACAAUGUCGGAUCCAACCAGUUGCAGAACAUUCGCAAGGGUUUGCGUGGAGAUUCGGUGGUUCUCAUGGGUAAAAAACACAUGAUGAAGCGCUCCAUCAGGCUUCAUGCUGAGAAGACCGGCAACCAGGCUUUCCUCAAUCUUAUUCCUCUGCUCGUCGGUAACGUGGGGCUGAUUUUCACAAAGGGUGAUCUUAAGGAAGUGAGCGAAGAGGUUGCUAAGUACAAGGUUGGAGCUCCUGCUCGUGUUGGAUUAGUUGCUCCAAUUGAUGUCAUUGUCCCACCUGGCAACACGGGACUUGACCCUUCACAGACCUCUUUCUUCCAGGUGCUUAAUAUUCCAACCAAGAUUAACAAGGGUACUGUUGAAAUUAUCACCCCUGUGGAGCUUAUCAGGAAGGGUGAUAAGGUGGGUUCUUCUGAAGCAGCCCUACUUGCCAAGCUUGGGAUAAGACCCUUCUCUUAUGGUCUUGUCGUUCUGUCUGUUUACGACAAUGGCUCAGUGUUCAGCCCUGAGGUGCUUGAUCUGACAGAGGAGGAUCUCAUGGAGAAGUUUGCUGCUGGUGUCUCCAUGGUUACAUCACUUUCGCUUGCUAUCUCAUACCCAACCCUUGCAGCUGCACCUCACAUGUUUGUUAAUGCCUACAAGAAUGUUCUUUCUGUUGCUGUUGCAACCGAGUAUUCAUUCCCCCAGGCUGAUAAAGUGAAGGAGUUCUUAAAGGAUCCUAGCAAGUUUGCUGUUGCUGUGGCCCCAGUUGCUGCUGCUGAUGCUGGUGGUGGUGCUGCUCCCCCGAAGGAGGAAGAAAAGAAGGAAGAACCUGCUGAAGAGUCUGAUGAUGACAUGGGUUUCAGUUUGUUUGACUAAGUUUAUGUUGGUUAUGGUUAGACAUGAACACCGAGUUCUUUACACUUAGUUUUGGGGAUGAUAUCCUGUAUCCUGUAUCUUUAGGAGGAUUCUUCAGUUUUUAUAUCAUGUUUGGAUGUUGUUUUUGAUGAAUUACAAGUACAUGCAUUUUUGACUCACAUUUGCAAUGUUUUUAUCAUCGAUAUGCUUUAUGCAUUAUGGUGAUGA